ACUUACAACUAACUAACAUUCUCCAAACUCAAAACAAGUAUUCGAUCGCUGAAGAAAAAGCUCUUACGACCGGAGGAGUUGUGACUUUCAAUUCAUUUUGCUCAGUUGUUGAAACCGACUUUCUCUUCUCAUAUGUUUCAGAAAGAGAGAGAUCAAAUACUAUGCGGCCUUUUCCUGCUCCUAUAGACAAGCUCAAACCAAUAUUUUUGGUUUCAAGAUCACACGGUAAAGUAGUGAGAACCAUUAUACCCAAGAAACUUGAGAACGUGAACAAUAGCGAAAGAGAGACAAUGAAGAAAACUAAGGAAACAGUAGAGCCAAUUGUUGCCUUCAGUAAACCACCACCGUUUACACCAUUUGUCGGUCCAUUGCUCGUGUAUUCGCUUCUUCAAUCAUGGUUUAGCGGCGAUGAAGACCGCUAGUUACAUCUUGGAAUAUAUUUAUGUAAUUAUGUAUCAUAUGAGAUGUCUGCAUGCCAAAGUUUUCUUAACCAU